UCGUUGUUUCUGGGCUAUGACUCUGGCUUUGUCUUUCUGAUUUGUUUAUCUUCACGACUCAUUCCGCGGACUUCUACUUUGGACUGUCAGCCAACCCCGGAACCUGAAACGGACUGGUCUCGAUCUGUCCGCCGCGCCGCUCCUGAGCCUUUCCUCUCUCGCAGUUCUCCCAGAUGGACAGCAUAUUCGGGAGGAAGAAGGGCAGGCCUCGCGGCUCCUCGCUCUCGGGCCAGGACCUCAACGAACGCUCCGUGCCGUAUGACAAGCUCGCGCCGCCGCCCCGCUCUCCAGCUCCAGUCGGGACGGGAUCGCAGGGACUCAAGGGUCAGGGCCCGUACAUAUCCGCACCUAUCACUAACCCAACUCUCACCGCUACUGGCACGCCCUUGAAUAUUGCCACCCUGGCCAAGUCGAAGGCGGAGAGAGACCGUGUGUAUGCUCAGCCUUAUGUCCAGCCGAAUCACCCGUAUGCCCGAUCAGCAUCUCCCAGCAACUCGAUGUUCAGCACGGACUCGACGACGCUGUACAACAGUUCCGUGCCUUCCGCGUCGUCCUCUGCCACCACCUUGACCUCCGGCUCCGGGAGGCAGACACCGUCAUACACGAAUGGGCGACACCUGAGGCGCAGCGAGGCGUCCUCGUCUUCGUCAUCCCUGGAUCACAGGAGCCCUGGGACUCCGGAAUUUGCGCAGCAUGCCCUGCCAUCUACGCCCUCCGCCUCUACGUCCAGCGCUACCAUCCGCCCUGCCUCCGGAAUGACGACCCGCUCAGACGGGAACCGUGGCUCGCGUUAUGCCCCCUCGCUCUCCUCGUUCGACUCGCACGGGCACCUCUCGCAUCUGUCGCUCGGCCUGCAUCACCACCACAAGGACAAGGACGAGUUCUUCCUCCCUCGGCCGGAAAACGACGAGGAGAUCGAGGCGCUGUUCGAGAACGUCGUCGAGGCUCGGGGCGUGAAGAUCCCAGAUACUAUAUCCAUCGACCAGAAGUGGCAGCUUGUCGUCAACCACGAGCAGGUGCGCCGGAAGGACGAGAAGAAGCGGGAGGAGCAGACGAGGAGGCAGAUGGCCACCGGACAGCCUACUCUCAUUGAGGAAGGCUCUCCCGAGUUCUAUGUCCAGAAGUUCAUGGAUCACACCAUAACUACCAAGCAGAUAUCGCAUCUGCUCGUGUCUCUGCGGAGCGGGGAAGUAGGGUGGUUUCAACACUUCCUCGACUUGCGCGGUGUAUCUGUCCUGGCGCAGACACUGCAACAUAUCGCCAAGAAAGGCAUGAACAGGAGGGAGAUUGAUACGGAAUUGGAAUAUGAGACGGCAAAAUGUCUGAAGCAGAUCCUGAACAACAAACUGGGCACGAAGGAGGCGAUUGCCCAUUCUGCCACGGUCACCCAACUAGCCUCUAGCAUGAAUAGCCCCCAUCUAGGCACCCGCCGGAUUAUAGCGGAGACCCUGACUUUUCUCGCGUACUGGAAGCAGGGUUAUAUCUAUAACCACGUUCUCAGCGCUCUAGAGGACUUGAGUAAGAAUAAUGGUGAACCGCCGUCUCCUUAUGCAUACUGGUUCAAGACCUGGGAAAGGACGUUACAGGGCCGGGGUAAGAUGGGUACUCUCGUCGGUGCAAGUGAAGAGGUCAAGAAGACCGGCGCUCUCGACGGCGGUCUGAACGAGUAUGUGCUCGCCAAUCUCAUGCUCGUCAACUCCUUCCUCGAAGAUGUCGAAGACACCGACGUCCGCCUGCACCAGCGCUCGCAAAUGGAAGCUGCUGGUCUGCAGCGGAUCCUAGCGCUGUGUCGGGAACUGAACGUGAUUUCACUUGACCAGCAGAUGCAGAAGCUCCAAGAGAUGAUCCAGGAGGACGAGGCGCUCUUGCGCGAACGUCUGGAUGAGCAGACCCUGCAGAACCUGAGCAGCAUCGACGAUGUGUACAACGCGGUCUUGAAGAAGACAGAAGACUCGGAGGCGCGGACUUAUCUGCUUUCUAUGCUUCAGCAUUUCCUGCUGAUCCAUGCGGAAGGCCCGACGAUGACUCACUACUACCAGAUGCUGGAUACCCUCGUCAAGGACGUUGUCAUGGAUGCCAAGCUCGGAGGUGCUGAACACAGGUUUGGCUAUUCGGUCGACAGGAUAAUUGCGCAGUUCAACAACGCCGACCAAGCGAAAGCCUUCGAAGAGGAGGCAAAUGCUUACCGGUCACAAGUCUUGCAGCUGCAGCUCGAGAAGCAAGCCUUGGAAGCCGAGGUUGCCCAGGGAGGCGAGGGUCUCGUGGGUCAGCUGAAGGCAAGGACUGAGCAGUUGGAGCAGAGGCUCCAGGGGGCGCGGGAGACAAUCCAGCGAUUGCAGGGACAGUUGGACACUCAGAAGGCCGGGUAUGAAGAGCAGAUCGCCCAGCUGGAAGCACAGAUUAUGGAGCUAUUUAGGAUGCUCAGAGAGGUGGGCAACGGUGUGGAGAAGAUCUUGGACAACAGCAGCGGGGUGGACAGAAAGACGCUCAUGGAUAACCUUGACAGGCACUUCGAGCGGAAUAGGACCAUCAGCAUCCUGGAAGGUCGCGAGAAGAGGAAGCGGAGAAAGAAUAGGGACGGAGUUGAGGGUGAGGAGGAUGACUCGGACCUUACGGACGAGGCCCAGGGAGAUGGCAGCCCUACAAAGGCGGGUAAUAUCAGGAGGAGGCCUCAUUCGAGUAAGCGUCGAUCUAAGGCGCCUAAGAUGACACGGAUGUCAGAGGCUCAAGGAGGCCGAACGUCGCAGUUCAUGGAUGCCGACGAGGAGAUGGUGCAGGAACAGAUCCAGCAGCAAUUAGCUGCUGGCGUGAAGCUAUAUCCUCCUCGGGACGGCGUCUUGUCCAGUCCGCGGAGCAUAAGAGGAUCGCCAAGACGUAAGUUACCACCCACUCCGGGUCCAAGUAAUUCUACGAGGCAUGGUGAUCUGCUAUUGCCACCUACGGAUGAUCAAGCCGAACAGAGUGACGGCUCGGUAGUGCCAGAGGAUCAGGACGCGGAGAGCGACUACGGACGACAGUCAAGUCGAAGUGGAUAUACGAAUCUCACAGAAGAAACCCACCCCACAUCUGUCAGUUCGACCACCUCAGUCGAUAGCUCGCGGAUCUCAGCGCCUCCUGGUUCUUUGGCAGAGCAACUCCGGAAGCAGUUGGCAGCUCGUGGUCGUCCGCCGUCCUCUGAUGGUAGCCCACAACAUUCUCCCACUCUUCCUCCUCUCCCUGAAGAGGGUGAGGGAGUUUCUGCCAUGGCCCCUCCUCCCCCCCCUCCGCCGCCUCCUCCUCCUCCACCACCCUCUAUGGGCUCAGUGUCAGCGCCGCCGCCGCCGCCACCACCACCACCACCUCCUCCUCCACCACCACCACCCGGCGCCUUCUCCAUACCGACCGUUGGUUCCGCGAUACCUCCCCCGCCUCCCCCUCCUCCGCCAGGCAAGGGAUUCACACCUCCGUCCUCUGCCCCUGGUUCAACGCGUGCAUCAAUGUUGUUGGGUUCAAAUCUGAAUAUGCUCCUCUCCGCCCGUAAGGAUAUGCCCAUAACGCCCAGCAAGAAGCUCAAGCAAUUGCAAUGGGAUAAGCUGCCUCAGCAGCAAGCCACGCAUACCGUCUUCAAUGACGGAGAACCCGACAAGGAGAAAGAGUGGAUUCAGAGGCUUCGCAUCGACGGCAUCUGGAAUGAGAUUGAGGAGGACUUCAAAGCCAAGCAGUUGGUGAUGAACCUGAUGGCCAAGCAGAAACGUGCCGAGCUCAAGAGUGUCCUUGAUCCACAAACCAAGAAGCGAGUCGAAAUCCUUAUACAGCGUGUCAGGCAGCUGGAGCCCGAGGAGAUUGCUCGCAGGAUUCAACAGUUUAAUCAAGAGCUUUGCACCGAGGUAUUCUUGAGUGAAUUGAAACCUGUGCUUCCAACCCCAGAGCAGGUCGGUAAGCUGAACGUCUACCGGAAUGCGGAUGCAGAGGAGCUCGCAGGACUACAUCCAUCUGACCGGCUCAUGGUGAAGUUGAUACAAAUUGAUCGGCUUGCACCCCGGGUAGAAGGGAUGCUCUAUAAGGUCCGAUUCCAAGAGCAUUGGACAUUAUUGGAUGACUCCACUCGGAAACUCAGUGAAGCGGGAGAUGCUCUUUUCCAUGCACAACACUUCAAGGAUUUACUAAGUUUGAUCCUGUUCAUCGGUAACUAUAUGAAUAGUACCGGUGUCAAGGGAGGAGCGUUUGGUUUCCGAGUUAGUAGCAUAAACAAGCUGGUAGACACGAAGUCUGUCAAUAAUACGACUUUACUUCACUUCUUAGAGCGGACUGUGGCAAACCACAUGCCGGACAUGGAAGCCUUCUUAGAUGAGUUGGCCAAACCUGCGGAAGCUUAUCGAGUAAACCUCCAGGACGUGCGGAAAGGCUUGUCGGAACUGCGUACCGGUCUAGAACGUAUCCGCCAAGAGCUCGCAGACCACUUUUCAGACCCUGACCGAAUCGACGAAUACGCUAGGCAAAUGUGGGGUUUUGUCGGCAAAGCAAGCAGUCUGCUUGAAGAUCUCACGGAUGACGUGAACGCAGCCGACACGACAUUCACGGAGGUAAUCAGAUAUUAUGGAGAGGAUGAGAAGAGCAUGACCUCCUCGGAGUUCUACGGCAUCUUCAAGACUUUCGUGACUUCUUACAAGAAAUGCAAAUCGGAGAACCAGUCCGUGGCAGAGGAGAGAGCUGCUAGGGAGAAACGAAUACAAGCUCAAGAAGCAGCCCGACUGCGGAAAGAGCAAGCUCUCGAAGCCAGCAGCGCCCAAGAGGUCGAAGAUACAGCUGUACUCGAUACUUUGCUGGAGAAGUUGAGAAACGGCGAUCAUGUAGGAAGACGGGCGCGCCGUGCUCGUCGUCCUGCGAAUAACUCUGCAAAUCGACCUCCUCCUGCACCGCUGGAGCUGAAUCUCGACGGCGGCCUGAAUUUCAGUUCCAACGAUGGCGCCGACGCCGCGGCCAUCGCCGCGAACAUGUUGGCCUCCUUGAAGUCGGACGGUUUCGCUCCUAUAUCACCGUCGCCUUCCGCAACCUCGAUGCCUCGGCGGACCCGCCGAAGACUUCAAGAUAUAGGAAGCCCGCGGUCCCCUGAACUAUCCGAGUGGACACAUGAGAUCAAUGGUGUUGAUGAAUUGGAAGAAGAGCCAUCCGCGCAAGAAGGUGCAUACACGGGCUCCGCUCCGGACGAACAUGAACACCAGGGGAACCCAGAUAGUGGGAGCCCGCCAACGAGUGCUUCUGCCGAGGAGACCAGGACCACGCCUGAUGAGGACGAACAAUGA